AAAUAAUUAGUUAGCAGAACUCGAAUCUAAAAAAUGGCAAUGAAGCUUGAUAGUUACUUGCAGUUGUUUUUUCUCGGCUGCUUCUACUUUUCUUGGUUUUUGAGUUCUCCAGCUGAAGCUGCUGUGAGGAAGUAUCAGUUUGAUAUACGAGUGAAGAAUGUGAGCAGGCUUUGCCAUGCAAAACCAAUUGUCACCGUGAAUGGAAGGUUUCCAGGACCGACAGUCUAUGCAAGAGAAGGAGAUCGAGUUCUUGUCGACGUCACCAACUAUGCACAAUAUAACAUUUCCAUUCAUUGGCAUGGGUUAAAGCAAUUUCGUAAUGGUUGGGCGGAUGGACCUGCAUACAUAACACAAUGCCCCAUCAAGACUGGACAUAGCUACACCUAUGAUUUUAAUGUCACGGGACAACGAGGAACACUAUGGUGGCAUGCACAUAUUUUAUGGCUAAGAGCUACUGUCUACGGUGCCAUUGUCAUCAUGCCGAAAGAAGGGAGGAUGUUUCCAUUCCCUCAACCUCAUGGAGAAACUAAAAUAAUUCUAGGGGAAUGGUGGAAUUCAGACGUUGAAACGCUUGUAAACCAAGCCAAUAAGUUGGGGUUGCCACCACCAACCUCUGAUAGUCAUACGAUCAACGGGAAACCGGGGCCACUCUUCCCGUGUUCUUCGAAACAUACCUUUUCCAUGGAGGUUGAGGCAGGCAAGACUUACCUGUUGAGGAUUAUCAAUGCUGCACUCAAUGAUGAACUGUUUUUUGCAAUUGCCAGUCACAACAUGACUGUGGUAGAGAUUGAUGCAGUCUACACAAAGCCCUUCACAACCAGGGUUAUCCUAAUCGCGCCAGGUCAAACCACCAAUGUUCUUAUUAAAGCCGAUCAACCUCGGAGUCGAUACUUCAUGGCAGCCAGGCCUUUCAUGGACGCACCAGUUCCUGUGGAUAACAAAACUGUUACCGCAAUUCUACAUUACAAAGGCAUUCCAAACACAGUUCUCCCAUCUAUGCCCAAAUUGCCAGCCCCAAACAACACCAAUGUUGCAUUGAGAUAUAACAAUCGGCUUAGAAGCCUAAAUAGCCCACAAUUUCCAGCAAAAGUCCCACUUAAAGUGGACCGUCAUCUGUUUUACACAGUUGGUUUGGGUGCGAACCCAUGUUCAAGUUGUCAAAAUGGUACACAACUAACUGCUUCAUUGAACAACAUAACCUUUGUGAUGCCAAAGGUUGGUCUUCUGCAGGCUCAUUAUUUCCACAUCAAAGGAGUAUUCAAAACUGACUUUCCCGACCGACCUCCGGUCCCAUUUAACUACACCGGUGUACCACUUACAGCGAACCUUGGCACUUCACUAGGAACAAGGCUCAGUAAGGUGGCUUUCAAUUCCACCAUCGAGCUGGUAUUGCAGGACACUAACCUCCUCACAGUAGAGUCACAUCCAUUCCAUCUUCAUGGUUUCAAUUUUUUCGUAGUUGGCAGUGGUGUUGGAAACUUUGAUCCCUCCAAAGACCCUGCUAAGUUUAACCUAGUCGAUCCUCCAGAGAGAAAUACUGUCGGAGUGCCAACCGGAGGAUGGACAGCUAUUAGAUUUCGAGCUGAUAAUCCAGGUGUUUGGUUUAUGCAUUGUCACCUGGAGCUGCAUACGAUGUGGGGUCUAAAGAUGGCCUUUGUUGUUGAGAAUGGGAAGUCACCUGAAGAAUCUAUUAUACCACCACCAAAGGACCUUCCACCUUGCUAGACAUGGUUAAAACCAUUUUCACUUCUCUCCCGGUGGAGGAACAAUGAAUUUGUUCCCACAUUUUAUGUAUUUACUUCAUUUUUGGUUUCAGGCUAUUCUUUUGAGGAGGAGAUAUCACAUGAUCUAAAUGCUUUGUUUGAGUGUUUCCCUAAUUUAUAAGAUACCAAGUUUCAUCAAUGAAGUUUUACAUACUUGUUCCAUA